AGCUGUGGGUAAUAAUGUUUGCAGCAUGGUAGUACAUUCUGCGCAAAACUAACUUUCAGUGGAGUUACAAUGGUGUCCAGUGUAUGUUCAGUUUUGUGUCUUCUUCUCUCUCUGGUUAUUUGCACAGCCAGUCUAGAUCUCAGCCAGAUCCAAGUUUAUCCACAAAAUGGUGGGAUCUCUAAAGUAUUUGUAGUCCAGCUCAAGAACCAAGCAUACAAGUUUAAUGCCACUACAGCUAUCGAUGUAUGCACAAGAAUGGGUGUUAGUAUAGCCACCCGUGCUCAAGUAGAAACAGCGCACCACAAUGGCUUAGAGACAUGCAGAUAUGGUUGGGUUAUGGAGAAAAUUGCUGUUAUUCCUCGAAUUAAGAAAAAUCCAAACUGUGGCAAAAAUAAAACUGGGGUCAUUGUUUGGUCUACUCUUCCUAGCCAGUUAUUUGAUGCAUUUUGCUUCAAUUCCACAGGUCAAACUGAAGCAACAACAUCCACUGACUCAAAUAUGACAACGGUGUCUCCUGGGAGGACUGAUGCUAAAACAACAUCUUCAUCGUUUAUUAAGUCAACUCAGCUUAACAAAAACUUCAUUGGCUCCUCUCUAUCUCCACAGCCUAUUUCCACUGCUUUUAACACCUCUGUGCUACCUACAACCUUUCCUUCAACUGUUGCCCCUAUGACAACAAAGAGCUUUCAAACAUCCCCACCUUCUAGUUCCCCACCAAGUGCUGGAUAUCAGCCCUCCAUUUCCUCCUCGCUUUCUACUUCCAUCACUUAUACAGAUCUUUCCUUACAUCCGUUCAUUUAUUCCUCCUCUGUAACCAUUUUUCAUAAUGAAACAGAUGACCAACCCCUUUCUGGGAAGAGAUUUUCCUUUGGAGCAGUGCCUAUUGCAUGUGUCUUCCUUGUUGUGACGCUCCUGGUAAUGGCAGGAACAGGAACAUUUUGGUAUUUCAAGAUUAAACAGCAACACCGUCUUUCACCAUGGGAAAGAAUUCAACACAAAGAUAUGUUCGAGACUGAGAUGUGGAGACACACAGAAGAUUUCAACAUGCAGAAUGACAGCCGGAACUGUAGUGAUGAUAUAACACUCCAGAUGGAAGAUGAAAUAUCAUCCUAAGAACAGUUCUUUUAGGGAUGGGAUGCAAAGGGAAAAGGAAAGGAAUGCUGCAAUGCUCUGAACGACUCCUAUUAUUGUAAAUAACAGUUUAGAUUCAAAGGAUGAGGGGUGUUCAAGUCGAACCGGGACUUCUGAUUGUGCAGAGUAACAGAACACAGUUGUAAGAUUAAAAAUUACCUUUAUUUAUCUAUAGAAUCCCGUGCUAUGCCACUGCACUUAUCCCAGUGUUUCACUAGAGCUUGAAUGCCAUCAAGGUAUAAAGUUUCCUCAGGAUGCUGGAGCCAUGACCUUCUUCAAAGAAGCCAUGAUCUUCUUAAUGGUCUCACAGGAACUCCUUUAAUGGCCCAAACAUGUGAAAAUCACUUGGAGAGAGGUCAAGACUACACAGGGGAUGUGGCAAUAACUUCCAGAUCAUUUCUUGUAAUUUUCAAGUAUUGUUUCUAAAUGAUUGUGCGUACAGUUCCCACAGACAGAAGCAUCUCUUUCGCAAAUUGGCGACAAGUUAUUUAAUUUUAAGGAUCAGGUGUUCUACUCUCGUAAUGUUUACAGGAACGAUUGCAGUUUGCCCCGAGCCACUCUUAGCCACAAUGCCAUUCAUGGAUGUGCGGCUUUGUUUAAAACGUUCCACCCCAAGCAAAUGUUUUACUGCGGCUAAGUGUCUCAUCACUGUACUGUGCUUGAGGUCUUCUGUAAAGGUUAAUCAGUUUUAAGCCUUCAUUAACAAGAAAUUCAAUCACAAGUCCCAGUUUGAGUUGAAUACCCUUUGUAGAAAGGUGAUGUCGCUUUCUGUUCAAAUAUUUGAAGCACCAUAUAUAUUUUGUUUUAUGAUAUCUAUGCAGAAGGAUUUGUAGAAUGAUUGUGUUUCUAAAUGAUAGGGUAUUCCAAUUGUAACCGCUCUGUAACUGUAAACAAAUUUACAGAAAUAAAUUUUUUUCCCUUUAA